AUGUUAAAAUUGAAACCUUCAGAAUCAGCUCCAAAUUCUCUUAAGAUGCCACAUCUAAAAGCAAAAGAUUUAGAUAAAAAAAGUAUAUAAAUACAAGAUAUUCAUUAUAGAUGAGAUGGAUAAGGUGAUUUAACAGUAAUUAGUUAUUGAACCAGAAAUUGUAAAGUUUGCAGGAUUUGAGGUAGGGAAACUAAAUUUACUAAAAAUUCGUGUUAUUAAUAAGUAUCUUUAGCCAUAAAGAAUAUUGAUUAUACCUCCUAAGACUAAUUUCUUUAAUAUAAAAUAUGAUAAGAAAGGAGCCAUAGCUUCUGGAAUGUUUGAAGAAAUUUAUAUUUCUUUUAAGCCAUUUGAAUAUAAGUAAUACUAAGAUUCUUUGAGAAUUAAUACUCAAUUUGAUUCCAUAGUGAUUCCAAUACGUGCAUUUCCAGCAAUUAAUCGAGAUUAUUUAAGAGAUUUAUUUCCUCGUUAUUUAGAUUUUGGAACACUUGAAUUAGGAGAAUAAUUUUCUUAAGUAUUUUUUUAUUGUAAGAUAGAGAUUUCCAAUAUAAAAUAAGGUACCACUUAAUUUUGAUUUUGAAUUCAUCAUAAUUAAAGAUAACAUAGAUUUUAAAAUAAAUCCUUUAAGAGGUACUAUACCUGAUAAGGGAGUAACUGAAAUAGAAAUACUUUAUAGACCUUCAAUUAAUGUAACAGUCUAUAUGGAAGUGGAAUUAAUUGUAGGAUCUGUUGAUUUUGAACCAUUACCUAUUAAAUUAAUGGGAACAGGUAGAUCAUCAAAUGAUAAAAAUCAAAAUAGAAUUAGAAGACCGGUUUCAAUGAGAAAAUUAAACUCAGUGAUUUAAUAGCCAAAACAAAAUUAAAAAAUAAUUCCUAAAGAUUUAUAAUCAUCAUAAGAAAAUAUUGAUGAAUAUUCUAUUCCUGAAUAAUCUCCUUAAGUAAUAUAUGAGGCUACUGGAGGAAAUGAUUAAGUUGAGUAAUUUUAUCCAAUCAUUAAACCAACCACAAAACGAAUUAGACCAUAAAUAAUAGAAAAUGAAGUUUUAGAGAUUAAAUAAGGUGUUUCUCUUUAGGGAAGAUAAGUUAAGGAGAAAUAAUAUCUUGAUCAUUUUAAUUAAAUAGCUAAUUUGGAUAAGGAGAAAGAAAAUAAACUUAAAUAAUUUAUAGGAGAUUCACCUAUUUAAAAGGAAACUAUUUAAGAAAUUAUUAGUCAAAGAGAACAUUUUAAUCAAUAAAUGUUAAAUUAAAUAUUUUAAACUGGAAUUACUAGAUAUUAACUUUAACUUAAUAAUGAUAAUGCUGUAGCGGAUUAAAUUCUACCUAAAUAUGAAUGUUAAUGGGAUUUUGAAAAAAAUGAUGUCAUUAAAAUAAAGAAAAUAGUAAGUUAUUUAUUAUCUAUUAGUUUUGAAACUUAAAAAAUUUAUUUAUGCUGUAACUAGAGUGAUUUAUAGAAUUAGAUUUGAUAAUAGAAUGUCAAAAAUAAGAGCAUUUUUAAAAGGAGCAACAAAACGAUCAGAAGUUGAAAAAUUAGUAAAUUAAGAUUGGUAAAAAGCAGAAUAUGCAGGAGUUGGCAAAAAGGAUUUUGUAUUUAUAAAUAAUAAUUGAAUAAGAUUGCUUUCACUUUUGAAUUUGAAGAAAAUUGUAUAGGAAAAUUUGCACUUCCAGUUCAAUAUUAAGAAACUAAUACUUAUUCAUUUAAAUUUGAUAUAAAUCCAAGAACAGGAUUUGAUGAUUGGGCUCCUAUUGAACAAAUUCCUCAAUCUGAUCAAGAAGUAAUGUAAUAUAAAAAUUGGGAUUACCCUCAAUUAGUAUACCAUCCUCCUUUAUUAUAAUAAGUAGUUUUUAGAGAUGGAGCUGAAGAAGAAAAAGCUGUUAAAGGUAAAAUGGGACCAAUUUAAAAUAUUUUAACUAUUAAUUAAAAACUUGAAGAAACUAUGAAAAUUGUAAUGUAAAAGACUCCAGAAUAUGAAGGAGUUUAAUUGCUACUACCUCAUAAAACUCUUUAAUGCUAUUUACCAUAAGACACAUGUAAUCUUAUUGAAUCAUCAUUUCUAUUAAAUUAUAAAACUAUAUCCAAUAUUGGAUCUGAUUUAGAUAUUGAUGCAUCUAGGAAUGAUUAAAUUAUUAAAUAAGAAAUUAGUAACAGAUAACCAGGAUACAAUAAUUUAAAUUUAUUGUAUGAAUUGAAAAUGGAUUAAUUUUAUUAUUAAGAAAGAAAUAUGCAAUUAGCAUAUGAUUUUGGAUUUGAAGAUUAAAUUGAAUAAUAUUGUGCUCCAUUAAUGCAUGAUAAAGAAAAAGAUGAUUAUAUUACAGAUGACAGUGAUGAAGAAAGACCACCACAACCUAUUGUUGCAGAUUGUAAUGAUUGGUUAGCAAAACUAGAAUAAGAUGAUAAAGCCCUUUAACCAUUUAAAUAAGGGGAAAUUAUAGAUCAAUAAGAAUUACUUAAAAUUAAAAUAGAUACUAAUUUAAUGUAUAUAUACUUAUUUUUAUGAAGGUUCGAAAAAAAUAAAUGGAUUUCUACUGUCCCAUCUAAGACGAAUGACUACAACAAAUUUAUCAUCAAAAAUGAGAAUAAAAUUAUUAUUUUAUGA